AUGUCCUUGAUUUUUAAUGGUGUUAAUGGUCAGGGUAUCAAAAUGCUAACGGAAGAAAACUUAAGAAAAAGUGUGGCCAGAAAUUCUGAGGAUAAUUGCUUGGGUGUGCAUCCUCAGCAAAUACUCUAUCUCUAUCUGCGAGAAUGGGAGAAGAAUGACUAUUCUGGUUUCAUCAAGGCUCUAAUUACCAAUUCGAACAGUGCUCUUGAGAUUUUGAAUCAUUUGAAGGUGGAUCUCCCUCCAUCCGAACUCCUGCCUCAUCCACUAGGCCUUGAUGGCCCAGAUUUCUCCUAUUUGGGAAAUCAGUAUAUAUGUGUGAUCUUCGAUGAAGAACAUAGGACUCUAUGUUUCAUUGAUAGUGGAAUUGGGAUGAAUAAGCAAGACUUGAUGAAAUUCAUAUGUGUUAUGGGCUCAUCUGGUAAUAGGCUUUUUACUGAACAAACUGGUGUGAAAGUACCUGGAGAGAAUGGGAUGGAUUUCUACAGGACUUUUGUUGUGUCUAAUAAAGUAUAUGUCACCUCUAAGCAUCCUUUGGAUCAGCAGUUUCUCAUGAAAUUCAGUGCAACGGACAAUAAAGGAAUAGGUUGUAAUCCCUACACCAUCGGUCAAGAUGAAGUUGGUCCUCCUCUUGGGAGAGGAAUCAAGAUAGUGGUGCACCUUAAUGAUAAAUAUUGUGAUUGGUAUCGCUGGUAUGAAGUUUUAAAGAUGUAUUUCAAUUCAGGGGCAAAGGCUGCAACAUAUCCAGUGUAUGAAUGGGCUAACCUCAAGAAAUUGUUAUUCAUAUCUAACGUGUAUAAGAAGAAAGCAAAAGCCGUGAAAGCAGAUAGCACUGAGGAAAAAGAAGAAGAAGAGACUGAGUUCAGCACUGAGGAAAAGAACGAAGAAGAGAACAAGGGGAUCCCCAAGGAAAAGGAACAUGAGUCAUGA